AUGAGUUUAAUAUUGUAUCGUAUUAAAUCUGAAGAAAUUGUUCGAAAAUUAAAACAGUUAUCAUCAAAAAUCCAAGAUAGUGAACAGGGUUUUCUUCGUGAUGAAUUUCGUGUCACAUCUAGUGAACGAAACGCUGAAUAUCUAGUUCAAGCAACAGAGUAUUACUCAGCAGUUCAAUUUUAUCCGAACUCAAAUCGUAUGAUGAAACUAUGUGAAUGGAAGGUCUACAAAUUACCAUCAUCAUUGCUUAAUCUUACAAAUGAAGACGUAGCAAAAGCAAAAUUCGUUGCACAAUACAAUUUAGAAAGAAGUCACUCUGAAGAUGGUACACCAACGUAUAUGUUUGGCAGAACAGAUAUUGAGGAUUAUGGACAUGUAUCAAUUGUUAAUUAUGGAACAAAACCUGGACCUGAAAUAGAUGGAUACUAUCGCAUGAAAUUGCUCGUAAUUAAAGAUUUAAAAUCAUUGAAAGGAUUGCCAGUUCUAGCGAGAACAAUACGCAAUCAAAAAACUGGAAUCAGUACUGUUAUAGUCUAUGGUUUCAAUCGACGACUUCGAGAUAGUCUUGGUCUUGAAGUUGAUAGUGAUAUGUUGUAUGAUGAUGAUAAAGUGAUGAAAUUCGAUAUGAAGACAGGCCAAAACAUAGAAAAUUCGGAUUUAUAA